GCCGGAUUAGUCGGCCACAUUGUAUAGCACUACUAGUUAAGUAGUUGUAAUUUAGAUAAACGUUACUUAUCUUUCGGGAACCUAACGGUUUGUCGAUCAGUUAGUACGUACCUUAAACAGAACGAACACCAUUCAUAGCUUUAAUAUUUAAUUUUAAACAAAUUAUUUCAUUAUUUGGAUCGGCAGAAGAGUAAUGUAGAAUAAAAUGACGAUGAAGAAGUUCAUGUCAAUUGUAAUGUCCAGAAGAACUGGUUUCGUUCUAUUUGUUCUUACGUUCUUUUGCUUUUGUGUAGUGGUUUUUGAUUCUCGUAAUAGAAUUAUUGAGUACCGGUCACAGUCAAUUAUAUCAGAAGAAAAUCGUUCGAUAAAGAUUCAGAAUAUCGUUGAUCAGCGACGACGUGACAUCAAACAUGAAAUGGAGAAUUACGAGUUUCCCAAUGGAAAAUUUUGUCGCAAUAUAAGCAAUCUUGAUGAUUUGCUAAUGGAAAAAGGCGGCAGGCCAAUGAGAAGUUUUCUUAUUGCUGGCUGGAGAACCGGAAGUUCUUUUACUAGUGCCAUUAUUAAUUCACAUCCUGCUAAUUUUUAUUUAGACGAACCACUGCAGGACUUUGGUCAUGUGCGCAUUCGGGGUCCCCUAUUAGUUGAUGCUGCAAUUAAAAAUAUUCAUAAAUUUUUUAAUUGUGAAUUUGACAAAUUACAACACUUUAUAGAUUUCGUCAAACCCGACCAAUGGGUUUACAAUGACAAUCAAGGUUUGUGGCCACAUUGUGUUAAUCAAAGAGACUUAUGCUCGGAUCCAAUAUUUCUAACUGCAGUUUGUCGGCUGUAUCCUUUACAACAGAUGAAAUUUACUCGGCUGCCAUUAGAAUCUGCUCAAUUGUUACUGGAGGACAAGCACCUGGGAGCCCGCAUGAUUUUAUUAGUGAGAGAUCCACGAGGAAUCAUGCAAUCGCGUGGACGACUCGAAUGGUGUCAAAAUUCUACUGAUUGCUCAGAUCCACAAGUUCUGUGUAACGAUAUGGUAUCAGAUCAUAAAGUUGCCGUCGAGCUUAAAAAAAAAUAUCCACAUACUUUCAAAGUCGUACGGUAUGAAGAUCUAUCUCUCAAUCCUCAGCAUAAAGCGAAAGAAAUGUUUGAAUUUUAUGGUCUGAACUUUCAUUCGAAUGUGGAAAAGUUUUUGGAUACACAUACUAAAAAUAAUUUAGGCGAUAGUUACAGUUUAUUCCGUGAUUCAAAAAAGGCGCCUUUUCACUGGCGAAAUGAUUUGAAUUUUUCGGAAGUUGAAGAAAUUCAACGUGUCUGUUCGACUGCAAUGAAACUGUGGGGGUACGUUCUAGCUGUCAACGAAACUCACCAAAAGGAAUUUAACCCAAUUGUUUAUAAUUAUCGACGAUUUUAAUAUAUAAUG